AUGGAGGAGGCUCUUGCCGAUGUGCGUGGCCAGGCCGUGGCUCUGGUGUGUGACUCCACCUACACCGCGCACUCGAUCUGUGGCUUCCGCAUCUUCGAGGACCGCGGGCGCCGAGGCUGCUGGAGGCAGAUGAAGCGGCUCUGCUCAGAGUCGGGCUUGGCCAAGAUGUGGCUGAAUAUGAGCGAAGCUUUAUUGGGCACCGGCCCGCUGGACUUCUUCCGCAGUCAGCCUCGCGGUGUGAAGGAGAGGCGUCUCGUUGAGGCGGUGCAGCGCGUCAAGAACCUGCAGGCAACCACUCCGCCGCCUCGCGGGAGCUCUCCGAUCGAAGAAGCCGGACUACUGGCUGUGGAGCUGGUGCUGGAUCCGUUGGCUUCCGAAGAAGCUCGCAUCGGCUUGCAUGUAUGGCCAGGCUCGUCCCCGGCCCAAGCAUAUCGGAAAAUGAUGAGGCUUUGUCAUCCCGAUAAGCUGGGCGCUUCAAAAGCCACCAGCGCCGCCAUCGAGCUGUCCAGCCUGCAGGAGGCCAUCCAGGCCGAACGCGACGACUUCCCAGAUGCGCCUCUCACGCUGGCCGAGACUCGCCUCAUUGCAGCCCUUGGGCGAGUGGACUCGGAGCGCACUGCGCCUCCUGCUCAGGCUCGCCGAAAAAAGCAAAACAAAAAGACGCGCCGCAGCAUCUUGAGUCUCGGACAGGCCGACUCUCGUCAAGGCCGCUCGGCAAACGUCGUUGAUGCGGCUCUGAAACCCUUGUCCCGGACAGGCUUCAUCUUCGGCAGGUUCUUCGACGAACGAGCCCGCGGGUUUCGAGGCCGGCUGGGGUUCUCUUUCGGACUUUGGGUUGCUAGUGCUUCCUGUCAGGCCGCCGCUCCAUCGACUCCAGCCCCACCGAGUUCGGACGGUCCUUCUGCUGACCAGGCCGGAUACCGGAGCCAUCAAAGGCAUCGCGUGCAUGGAGCAGCUCCGAAGGCCAAGCGAGGACCGGGUCGGCCGAGGAAGACCGCGCCUCCGGCUCAGGAGGCUCCUCCGGCUCAGGAGGCGUCCAGUUCGGCGCCCAGCACAGGCAAGCGCAAGGCGGAGGACUUGCUCAUCGUGGAGGAGCCGGUGAACAAGGCGAGCAUCGAGGCCUUCAUGAAGCUCCGCGGCGCGCGGAAGGUGAUCCUCGCCACCGGGUACAGCCUCUUCGAAACGCUCGGCUUCUUCUUGGUCCGGCGGGGCGGCAAUGGCUGCGUCACGACAAGCUGGCGCGAGAGCAAGUUGCCCGGCGACAUCCUCGGCCGCCGCUUCUCGGGUGUGGACUUUGACGUGGAGCCGCCUGUGGUCUUCUGCGAUGUGCCGCACAGCCACGCCUGCACCUCGGCCUUCGCGCACUGCCGACUCGUCAAGGAGAUCUGCCGCCAGGGCAUCGACGGCUGGGUGGACGUGGACGUGGUCAACAGCGUCUUCUCGCAGUUCGAGGCCAACUUCAAGGAGUGCCCCGAGGCGGUGAAGCGCUACAACAAGGACCGCGACGGCAUGGUCGCGGCGGUGCGCGAGGCCUACGGCUGCUCCAGGGACGUGGCGAAGCGGCUCUUCAUCCGCUUGGGCUUCAUGGGCAAGCUGGAGUCGUGGCUCCAAGACUUCGGGCUGGAGAAAAACAACAGCCCUCUGGAGGCGGAGCUGGUGUCCUUCGGCGAGGACAUGCGGAGCUUCGGGGAGGCCCUGGCGGUGGAGCAUGCUCACUGGUUCGAGCUCUUCAAGGGCAAGAAGUACCCCCUGGGAAGCUUCAUGUCCGCGAUCUACUUCAAGCUCGAGCGGCAGUUCCUCGACCGCAUGAUCGCGGCGGUCCCUGUGCCGGCGAAGGUCCUGAGCUACGAGCACGACGGCCUCGGCAUCCAGCUGAACGGCUUGAGCGAGGCUGCUCUCCUGGCGGCCCUGAACGACCUCGACCCGCUCCUGCAGGUGACGAUCAAGGCGCCUCAGGACCCGGUCAAGCUGGCCAAGGAGCAGUUUCCGGAGGAGGAGUGGGACGGGCCAGCGGCGGUGUCGAGUCUCCCGUUCGAUGCGGCUGAACUGCAUCGAGCGCUCUUGGUGACCCGGCGCUGCAUGGGUCAAGGCGAGACGGAGGAUCAUCCCAGACCCAACGCCACCGACAACACGGUCGACUUCGGACGAGUCCUGGCUGCUCGCUUGGAAAGCGAUGUGCUCGUGCCAGAGAAUGAUUCCGUGUUCCUUCAGUUCCAGCCUCAGAAAGGGCGGUGGGAAGUGCACAAGGUGUGUGAGAAAGGCCUCCACGCCUUCGCCCGCCAGCAUCGCGAGAUCUUCGAACCGGUUCACUGCCAUUGGGUUGAUGGCACUCUCAAGCAAGGCCGUCGAGGCGACAGACUGCGACCGCACGUCGAGCCCACUGUUCCCUUGGGGCGACCGGCCUUCCUGAAUGCCCUGGCGCAGGAGGCCCUGAUCUACCUGCGGUGCCCUGCUCCCAAGCUGGACGACCCGCUGCGCACCAACCACCGGGUUCUCUUCGAGGACGGCUGGGUCUACGACUUCCGCGACGGCAGCUUCUCCCGCGCCAAGAGGAGCGACUUCUUCAAGCGCAGCAUGCCCUGGAAGCACAGGCAUCCCGAGUGGUGGGGCAACAAGGAGAUGCGCAAGGCCGCGAAGGAGCUGAUGGAGCUCUUGAAGAAGAACCCGAGGGCCUCGGUCGUGGAGGACUCCCUGCGCACGGAGGAGACGUUCGGCAUGCGCCGAAGGGACGCCCGGCGGGUCAUCCAGCUCCUGGAGAAGCUCUCCGCCUACGACCCCUUCCUGAAGUGGCUGCUCGCCUCCAACGAGGACGUGGACGAGGCCGUCUACGUGGGCAAGAACCUCGCCCGGGCGAUCGCGGGCCAUCCGGCCUUCUGCGAGCUGAUGUGGAACUGCGGGCCCGCGCAGAGUGGCAAGGACCUCGGCGUCUCCAUCAUGCAGAAGCUUGCGGGCACGGGCCCCACGGGCGGCUACUGCGCGGCUUUGAAAUGGGGGUAUUGCAUGAAGGGCGCCAACAGCUCCAUCGAAGGAUGUUCGCCCUUCCUCUCGGCCAUUGAGGGGGCGAGGUUCGUCUUCAUCUCGGAAGUCCCCAACCGGCGCAUCUCCAUGGCCCUCCUCAAGCCUCUCUGCGAACAGCGCGGUGCUGAGAUCGCUUCCCGAGGCCUCUACCGCGGCGGCAACGAGUCCUUUACUCCUACUGCUCUGAUCGUGCUGACCUCGAACUUUCAGCCCCGCCUCGCCCACGACGAGCGCCAGGACACCGGCAGUUCCACCAGAGUGAAUGUCAUCGCCGCCUCCAGCAUCUUCACGGAGAACGUGCACCUGGCCACCCAUCAGCAGAGCGACUCCCGGCUGGCGGACGAUGUGCUCGAGGGCAAGCUCACGGCCUGCGCUUUUUACUGGCUCUCGGAGUUCUACCACCUGCUGGACCUGGUGGAGCACACGAGGAACGUGGCGCCCCGCCCCGACAGGAUCAAGCAGGUCUCGGAGAUGUGCUUCUACGUGGCGCCCGAGGAAUCCCGCUGGCUCCAGUGGCUCGCGAAGGUCACCUACACGGAUGACAUCAACGAGGCCUCGACCAUCGCCGAGGUUCACGAGAGCGGGCGGAGCGCCUUGCAAGGCUCCGAGGAGGAGGGGCAGCUGAUGCCGAAUCUGACCAAUGCCGGCUUCACGGACAAGCCACGCGAUGCGACCAAACGGGUCUACAAGCGGCUGGUUCCGGGCCCAGAUGGCAGGCAGAUUCUGAGGAUGGUGAUCGCCCCGCCACCGCAGCCCUACCGAUUCUCGGGCUACGAGGCGGCCUAG